AAAAUCAAUAUAAAUUAUAAAAAAAUAAUUUGUUAACUACAAUCCAUAUAUAAAAAAUGGGUGCGGAGCAUUCACAACAGCGUGGAGAUGGCCGAGAAGUAUUUGAGGGACAAAGAAAAUCCGACACAGCAGCAACAGUUCGUGCAAGAACUAUAGACAACAGCACAAACAAACGGCAACAACACCAGCCGAACAAUGGUGGUGUGGCAAAUUUUACCAAUAAACAAAGCAGCGAAACUGCGUCACCAACUGCAUCUGAAAUAAGUAGACCAUCGUCACCACCACUUAGUGUAUGUUCCGAUUUACCAUAUGUUUCCUACACCGAUAAACCUAUAGGAGGUGAUUCACCUAAAAUACAAAUGCGAGGCAGGAGUGGCAGUGCACUGCAUAGCAGCAGUUCUCGUAAAUCUCAUCCAACAGGUGCAAAACCUAAACGACCCCAAUCUACAGUAUCUAGUCAUAGUAUAGUUAUUGUUAAGCCCGGUGGACGUGAUAGUGAUUUUGAUAUAGACCCUGAUUUGGCACGUCUUCGAAACAUACCACAGUUUUUACCCGUUCUACGUGAAUCCAUUUCAUCAGCUACUGUUACCAGAGAUCCUGAAGUACUCGGACGUUUACAUUCGGAACAUUUAAUGAAUAUAUGUUGCCGUAUGCAGACACAUUUGAAUGUUUGUGCUGUACAAAUCGCAACUGAUCAAAAUCAUUUGGUUGAGCGCACGAAAAUUGUUAGCAACUCAAUAACAACGCUUUUUGCUUCAUUUGUGGAUAUGCAGAAAACUUACUCGUCCUAUGCGGAGCAGUUUACAAAGAUACGCAGCGUAUCCCAACAAUUGGCGCGCUGUAAUUCACUUUUAAAUGAGAACAUUGCUAGUAUAGAGGCUAUUAAUAAUUUUCUAGACAUUGAAGAUCGUUUAGAACCAUUCGUAUGGCGCACGGAUGACAACAAGUUACGUAGUGAGGCAGAGAGCAAUCGUCGACUAAAGAAUUUUUAGUUUUUUACUGACUGGUUUUAAUCAUAAAAAUACAUUGUUAAUAUUAAUUUCAAAAUAGAUAUAAUAUUUUUAAACGUUUAACUAUAAUUGCAUCUGAAUAUAUGUUGCU